GCGCCUAUCCGCCAUGUGGAUUCCACAAAANCCCCUCAACAAGCUGAAGAUUGCUGUUCAUCUUCUCCAAGCAAUCCUCACCUUUAUCACAGGAUGUAUGACACUGGCAAUACUAUCGGAAAAGGGAAAUAAUGACAGCCGGGUGCAGUGGUGUUUUGCUCUGGUAGGACUCGAGUACACCGAUCACAUAUGCAUAGUACCUUGCUGGACAAGGCUAUGGCGUCUGGCUAAUCCAUACAUCUUCUUCGCCAUCGACUUAGUUUUCACGAUUUUCUGGAUCUCGGCGUUCGCUUCUACUUGUGCAUGGACAGCGAAGGGCAUGCAGAAAGGCGCUGUCGAUAAAAAGUUGAACGCAAGCGAUGCGUCUUGCUCAACCUUUGCUUUUGGAUCAACAUUAACUUGUAACCUUGCAAAAGCCACGACCGGUACCGGUGUAGCAUUGUGCAUUUUCUUCUCGGUUGCAGCGAUCAUCUCCGGCAUUGAUGCCUACAAGUUCUGGAAGUCAGGAACUGUACGCACGCAACCAGAAAUUUAUGGCCAGCCGCCUUCCCGUGCUUCUUCGCCAGAGGGCAAAGACGAAUGGUCGCUCAGCACGGAAGAUCUGCAUGGUGCAAAGAGCACCUAUGCUUCGGAUGCGUAUCAAGGCUGGGCGCAAGACACUGAAGCUGCUUUCUUGGAGUCGGACACAUCAGAGGGACGUCACCCUGGACAGCAUAUCCGUAACCCGAGUACGAGGACGAUACCCUACGAGAGGGAUCUCACGCCUAGUGCUAUGAGUCCUGUAGUGGCAGAGAUACGCUAUACAGGCAUCUUUCCGCCAGCGACGGCCAACUACAGCUUCUCGCGAGAA